AUGGCCACUGAAUGCAAGCUCGACUUUGAAUCGGAGGAUUCAUCUCAAAGCACAGAAAUCGAAGCUCAAAGUGAGCCACCUAAAACAGCCUUCCCUCCCACUGACGUCAUACUAGAGGUAGAAGGGGUGGAUUUACACCUCAAUAAACAGGUGUUAAUUGACAAUUCACCCGUGUUUAAGGCCAUGUUUGAAUCCGACUUUAGUGAAAAAUACAAAGAAAGAGUGCCACUGCCAGAAAAAAAGUACAGCGAUUUUGUGAAUUUUCUAUGCACUUUUUAUAACCCUGAAUGUUUGGCUCCUAUAACCGAGAAAAACGUACUAGAGGUAGCAUCCUUGGCAGAUGAAUACCAAAUCAUGGACCUCAAAGAGAAAUGCGAAUCAUUCAUCCUAGAAAAUUGCAAACGUACAAAUGAAGAGAAAGGCUAUUGCAUUCAAUCUGAAACGCUUGUAAAUUAUGCUGCUUGCGCCGAAAAACAUAACAUGGUCUUGGCUCUUCCAUUGAUAAUGAACCUUUGCUCAAAAAAACCCAGCGAGUCAUUAAAAAGGGGAGGCAUUGAGAGAAAAGUUAGCACUGAGUCUCAAAGAAAAAUUUGGGAUAUUCGACUAACUUUUGCGGAACAAGAAAUAUCAUCUAUUUUGGACAAUGGAGAAGAAAAUAUUUUAAAGUUAAUGGAAUUAGCAUGGGAAGAUCAACACGAAGACAAGAUGGAGAAAUGCGAGAACCGUCUAGUGGCUAUUUGUCGACAAUGUAAAGAUGAUACAUGUGAAAUGAUUGGAACCUUUACUAGAAAAACACUUUUAGAUUACAUAAUCGCUGCUGAAAAAUACGAACUGAAAAACCUCCUGUCUUCUGCAAUCGAACUAGCCUCUAAAUAUUCUUCUUAUAACUUGAAGAAUGAGGAGAAGUAUAACAAAAUUUCAAGUUUAACAAAAUACAAAAUAGACACUCAACGCCUUAGUCUCCUAGAGUCUAAUUAUGGUUAUCAUAUCAGUUACAGUAAUAAACUCUCAUAA